AUGUCGAUACGGCCGCCGACCCACCUCGCUGGGCGUAGCCUCCGCCUCUCGCCCUCCUCUACACCAUCAUCAUCAUCAGCACCUCUCAUCCGCCGGCAAGCAAGCACAACCACCCACGCGCAGCUGUACCCAAGCGGAGCCCGCCUCGCCAUUCCCUCUUCCGCAUCAUCAUCCAGCUCCUCACCUCGUCCCCUCUCCUUUCCCCUCGGCACAACGCUCGGCUUUCUCCUCGGAUUCAGCUUCUGCACCACCCUGGGCUACAUGUACUUCCUACCACAGGCUCAAGAGCGCUCAGAUGCGGACCUGGCUGUUCAGCUAGGUCUGGUCCAGUCUACAGCGGGAGAGAUUGGAAGACUCGUGGAGGAGCUCAAAGCCAUGGAAGUGCAGGCGGGAAAGGUCGAGGAGGCCACAAGGGUGACACAGAGAGCAAGUGUUGAGUUGAGGGAUAUUAGGGAAAGGGCGGCUGCGGCGUUGCGGAGGGUGGAGGGAUUGGAGGAGGAAGGAAGGGAGUUGCGGACACGUAUCAAUAGGCUAGAGGGCAAGGCUACCUCCGCUGGCACGAAGAGGAGGGCAGCGGCUGCAUUGGCUGCUGGCCGGCCGGGCGCAGACCCGGACGAAGACGUAGCAUCAACGGGCAGGAGAGGGUCAGGCGGCAUCCUCUGGACAGGACGCAGCAAUCCGGGAACAAGGCUGGUAUAA